AUGUCAGGGACUAAUAAUCACAGAGCUUCCGUGACAUUUUCUACUGGUCGACGUAGUGCCCCGCACGGCAGCUCGAACGACAGGACUAUGCCUCCUGCCAUUCCUACACCUAUGUACCGUCAUGCAGCACCAUCGGGCCCUUGGCCAUGGAUGGACUUUGACACCGAUUCAGAAAUUACCCUCAACUGUGACAACACACCAGUCUCACCUGGCACAGCGAACCAGCCAUGGCGCGGAUAUCCUGAGGCUCUCUUUGAGAAUUGGAAGCCGGAUCAAGUAAGGCGGAGUAAGAUGCUCACUAACUGUCCUGAGCUUGGCGUGUGCUCGGUGCACUGGCUGGAUGCUCUCAAAGACGGGACUUUCAAGAUUUUGGACGAGAAUGGACAAGACCAAACGAGUUCGAUAACACCUGAAUGUAUAAAUGAGUUUUGGACGCUGUUGCAGGAGCCUCGACCUGCGAACAUCCGUGUUCGCGCAUUGUUCGUAGAUAAUCUUUCCUCGUCUGCGCUGCAGAUGCUUGGAACGAGGUUCAAUAUUGAACCAUUUUUCUUUUCAUCAUCCCUAAAUUGGAUACCCUCGCAUUACCAAGAGGAUAUUCGGCCGGGAAAGGGUGAUCAUAUUACGAUUACACUCCCAUUCAUGCGAACGAUGCAAAAUCCAGUCACUCGACCGCCAUCACCAAUAGCCGAAACACCAGGUUCAGUGAGAUCUAUACCCUUACAAUACCUAUCCACUGAUGAACCUCAAAUCAUUGAUACACAAGCAGCGCUCGCUCUCAGCUGCGGCAAGAUUCUCCUCCUCGAUCUCCUCGCGAUACAUAUGGUACGCUCAGAGGACUCGAGCACGAUCAUAUCAUACCAUCCGAGCUCUAGUUUGCGCCGCCCUUCUGCAAAGCGGCUCCACUCGCUUCUAUAUCGUGCAGGACAGAGUGUAUACUGGCAGAAAAUCUUCGCCAAAUCCAAGGACCCGACAUUUUUGUUCCUAGCCAUUAUGUGGUAUGCUCUCUAUGCAUGGGACGAGGCGUUUGAGUCGCUUUACAUUCAUAUCAAUUGGCUGGAAUCUCAAGUGCUGUUGACCAAUAAAAUCAAUACGACUCGUGAACUUCACAUCAUACAAGCACACCUCUUGCACUAUCAGUCGCUUCUCCAAGACUUCCAAAAGUCCGUCGAGUUCCUCCACAAGACCCCGAAUCCUGCUAUGGGAUUCGAUAACCAUAGGUCCAAGGAGCGCGGGGAAUCCAUGGAUCUCAUGAAAAGGGAGUGUGCGAAUCUACUCUCAGAAAUCGGGAGAUUGGAGAACAGGCGAUUGAUGCAGAUCAGUAGGCUGAAAAACGUGAUGGAUCUUGCGUUUGCGACUGUCAACAUGGAGGACAGUAAGCAUAUGAGGCACCUGACAGAGGUCACCGUCCGAGACUCAAGUGCAAUGAAGCAGAUUUCCUACCUUACGAUGAUAUUCCUUCCCGCUUCUUUCACUGCGGGCGUUUUUGGGAUGAAUGUCGAUGAAAUCACGGGACAGCAAGGACAGGAGACGCUCGCCCGCUACGUUGCUGUGGCACUAGCUCUCACGUGCUUCACUUCCUGGCUCAUGGUGGCCCUUCAUUCGCACGGCCCCUUUGUCUCCGAGGAUAGUACUCUGGUGGAGCGCGUUGGAUGGCCUGUGUUUUAUCUUCUCAAAAAGAUAAAUGGCGCAUGGAGAGAGAGAUCGCUAUCAAAGUUUCAGAGCAUUGUUUGA